AUGGAGGAAGAGAAGCGUGCAGAAACAAUCAAAUCGCGAACCAAGAAACACAGGUACAUUUUAUACGCCCGACGUUUUGCUGCCAUCUUCGCACCAUACGCCAGCAGUAUCGUCCCUGCUGUCGUGACGGUAAUCAACGCAAUUCUCCCCAAACUCAUUUCGUUAUUGACCACUAUCGAGAAAUGGGACGACGUGGGCUUUGCCAUCAAAGCCAUGGUGACACGAUUGUAUCUGGCCAAGAUCUUAAACGUGCUGAUUCAACUUUUCUCGUUUGCGCUGCUCCUGGACCCGAUGUUGCUGACCUCGACUCAAAACAUUCUGGAGCUUUUCACGUUCGACGGGUCGACAGUA